AUUCAAAACUCCACCAGGUCGUAUUACAAGCCAGUGAAUCGAAUAUAUAGUAAUAAAUGAUACUAUGAGUCACCCAAUUUCUGUUCUGCAUCCAUGCCUGUACACGCUACAGUGAGGAUGUUUCUUUUAUUUAAGUACAGGUUGAAUGUUCACUGUGUUCACGUUACAACGUAUGUUGCGAACUCAGGUUGUUUAUAGGGGAGCUUGAAAAAGAGGAAAUAAACAGUGGAGUUUGAAAAAGUAAUAAACAUAUAGGGGGUUUGAAAAAGAGGGAAUUAACAUAUAGUGGAUUUUGACGAGGGAAUAAACAUAUAGGGUUUGAAAAAUAGAAACAUAUAUAUAGUCAUUAUAGGGGAGUUUAAAAAAGAGGAAAUAACAUAGGGGAGUUUGAUAAAUAGGAAAACACAUCGGGGAGUAUGAAAAAGAGGAAAUAAACACAUAGGGGAGUUUAAAAAAAGAGGAAACAAACAUAUAGGGGAGUUUGAAAAAGAGGAACAUGUAUGCAACGUUUGUAAAUUCAGACAGAAAUGUUACAGACGAGGGAGCAGAUAGUGAACGUGAUAGUGAACGUGAUGAUAGUGAAAGUGAAAGGAGUGAAGAUGGAGAAGAGAGACGAGCAGAAGAGAGCCAUGAAAGAAGUGGACGAUUUGUGGAGACUAGACACAAUCCAGAGGUGUUCAAAAUAAAACAAUUCAAUCAAGGCAACCAAGAAAUGGCACCAUUUUACAACGGUGUCACGCUUGAAGAGCGUAUGGCAGAAGUAAGAUCAUCUAUCUACUACAUAAGGCAGAACUGGGGCAAGAGACAUCAGUUUAUGGAAGAACUUAAACACCUACUGCAAGAUGGAGACGGGCUAGAAUUUGAAGAAGAAACAACUCGUGCGCAUUGCGUUCAGCUGUUUUCAUCAGACCGUGAUUGGUUAACACAAGAAAAAGCGCAACCUGCAGAAUUAAAUUAUGAAGCUGUAAAACUGUAUACAUCCAAAGAUGGACAUAAAAAGAUUUAUCGCAUUGCAAAUUACAUAUUUAGACAGAAAGGCGAUGUAUCGCCAGAAAUCAUUCGUUGCAUAGUGUUUCUUGUUGAGCUCAUAAACAUAGAUUUGUUUAACUAUUGUCUGAAGUUCCCAGGAAGAAGCGACUUUCAAGGAACUGUGUACAGAGGAAUGGGGGUUACUGAUGAAGAUUUGGACGCAUUUAAAGCUAUGAGGGAAGAACCAAUCAAUAAAAGAAAUGUUGCCGUGCCUCUUGGACUAUUUGCAUCUAGUUCAAGCAUAAAAGUCGCAAAGAAAUUUAUACGACAGACGCUCAAGGGUAGCAGUCUGCAUCCACUGAUGUUAAAGAUUCAUGUGAUCAGCCUUAAACAAGAAUACGUGAACAUAUAUCGGGACCGCUUCCCGGGCGCUGAACUCACCACCAUAUGUGCAGUUGAUAUCCAUGAGAUUUCCCGCUUUCCAAAAGAAAAGGAAGUCCUUCUUCGCGGUCCUUUUAUGGUCAUAUUAAACUUCUAUGAAGACGAAAACAUGCGUUUGCUGGGACAGCCAUGUAAUGUUGUUGAAGCGGUUAUGUUGAAUGCAAAUCGAGAUCACAUUUCGACAUCACACCUUGGGGAUUUGGACGCGCGAGCACGAGACAUCUUUGGUGCCAUGGUUUCAGUGACGAGGAAUGAGUAUGCACGUGAAUAUUGCAAGAAGAAUGGUCUGGUUGACGAUGCACACGAAUACACAAAGGCAUUUGAAGAUAGCAUAACAAAGCUAAAUGCAGUGCUUGAAAAGUGAUAUAUAAACAAAAAUACUUCAAUUACUUGUUCUUUUUAUCGGUUAAAACACGUCAUAAUUGUUGAAACGUCUGUUAUUUUUACUGUACGUAUAAAAGGUUAUUAUACAAAUAUAACUAUUCGUGUAUUGUUUUAUUACUUUUAUUCAUUGUUUAAUUAGUAUUCUUGUAUUAUGUAUAAUACGUUUAUGUAAGAUAUGUUG